AGGCAUCGGGCCCCCAGGCGGGGCGGCGGGCACCGGGCCCCCCAGGCGGAGCGGCGGACGCCGGGCCCCCAGGAGGGGCGGCGGGCGCCGGCCCUCAGGCAGAGCGGCAGGCACCGGCCCCCAGGAGGGAUGGCAGGCACUGGGCCCCCAGGCGGAGCGGCAGGCACCGGGUCAUCAGGCACGACAACGGGCAUGGGGUCACCAGGCAUCAGGUCAUUUGGCUCGCCAGCGGCACCACGUCAUCUGGCAAGGCAGUGGGCACCGAGUCACCAGGCACGACAGUGGGUUCCGAGUCAAACUGGCAUGACCACGGGCACUGGGUCAGACAUUGGAUUGUCUGGCUCGACAGCCUGCAUCGGGUCAACAGGCAUCAGGUCAUUUGGCUCGACAGCGGGCAUUGGGCUGGGUAGAAACAUCAUGCUGGGUAGAGACAUCAGGCUGAAUGGAGGCAUCAGGCUGAAUGGAGGCAUCAGGCUGAAUGGAGGCAUCAGGCUGGGUAGAAACAUCAGGCUGAAGUGCGGGUGGCAG